GCGGCGUUUUCCAUAUACAUAGGAUUUUAAAAAAGCAAUAAAAAAAAAGACGGCAAUUGUCACCACUGUGGUAAUAGAGUCACUGUGCACGCAGUGAAUGAUAGAAAAUCCAAAAUCAAUUCACACUCCAACUUUGGAUUUUCCCAACAGCUACUGUGUAUUUUUUAUACCGGAUAUAAAGUUAUCGAACGCAGCCCAGUUAAAUGUAAUGACAGGUUUUUAAAAAAUGAAAUUUAAAUUUUUUGUUUUGUUUUUGUUUUUAUACUAAUGUUUGCUCGAGGACUGAGGUUGAUAACAAUUUAUUGAUCAUUGGUCCAAGAUCUAUCAUUCUUAGCUAUCAUUCAUCCAUGAAAAUAGAUAAAUAAAUACUCAUAAUGGCAAACGGACCUAUAGCUGAAAGAAAUAGAGAUGCCACCAUCUAUGUAGGAGGCUUGGAUGAAAAGGUUGUAGACUCCCUUUUAUGGGAACUGUUUGUACAAAGUGGCCCUUUAGUGAAUGUCCAUAUGCCUAAGGACAGAGUAACCAUGACGCACCAGGGUUAUGGAUUUGUGGAAUUUAUGGGCGAAGAUGAUGCGGAUUAUGCAAUUAAAAUAAUGAAUAUGAUAAAGCUUUACGGAAAACCUAUUAGGGUAAAUAAAGCUUCUGCCCAUCAGAAAAAUCUCGACGUUGGUGCCAAUAUAUUUAUUGGUAAUUUAGAUACAGAAGUGGAUGAAAAAUUACUUUACGAUACUUUCUCUGCUUUUGGAGUGAUACUGCAAACGCCAAAGAUCAUGAGGGAUCCAGAAUCUGGAAACUCCAAAGGUUUUGCUUUUGUCAAUUUUGCCAACUUUGAAUCUUCAGACGCUUCAAUAGAAGCCAUGAAUGGACAAUACUUGUGCAACAGGCCAAUUUCUGUAUCGUAUGCUUUCAAGAAAGAUUCGAAAGGAGAAAGGCACGGUUCAGCUGCUGAACGAAUUUUGGCUGCACAAAAUCCCUUAUCGCAGGCUGACAGACCUCAUCAACUGUUUGCAGAUUGUCCACCAAUGGGUAUGGUGCCACCAGGAAUGGCAGCUGCUCCGCCACCACCACCAGUAAUGUUAGGUGUACCGCCACCUCAUGUGACAGCCAACACUAUGAUUCCACCCCCACCUCCCCCUGUUCCCCCACCAACUUCAUUCCCUCCUGGAAUUCCUCCUCCUCCGCUACCGCCUUCUCAACCACCGUUACCGCCGAUAGCACCCCCACCGCCUCCGAACGCUUCUAAGCCGGGUGUGAUGAAUCCUCCAGCAUCGUGGAAAGGGGGACCGGGUAUUCCUCCUCCACCACCUGUACCACCAGUGUCUGCUCCAGAUGCGAACUUCUCUAAAUUGUUUCCGCCUCCUCCACCGCCAAGUGUUAGACCGCCACAAAAUUGGGAAGCACCACCGCCCGCAGCCACUUCUGGAAGACAGGGUGUCCAACCUAGAAGACCCCCACCACCGCCGCCUACAAACUAAACUAAGCAAUAACCCUUUUCACGUGGCUCCGGUUUAACAAACCGCAACAUACCGCUCAAAUUCGAGUGGUAGGUAUCCAUCACGUCACUUUGUAACCGGGUUAGAAAACGGUAUGUCAUUUCUCUAACCGUUUUGUAACCCGGUUAGUUAAACCGGAGCCACGUGAAAAGAACUAAUGCCUAUUGUUUUGUAAAAACGUGCCAAGUUUGCUUAUUUUUUGUGUAGGUUAUAUUUUAAUGCCGUUUUUUAUACUUAUAUUAUAUAACACAAUCAUAGCAAUUUCUCACAAUUGAUUAAUUAGAGCUACAUAGUAGUUACUGUCUUUAACACCCCAAGCGAGCUUCCAUGUAUAAUUAUUUUUGUAAUAAGUAGUUUAUAUUUCUUUUUUGUUAGUUUAAUUUCUCUAAUACAUAAUAUUGGUCUUUUUUUUUUGUAAACCUAAACGCGCAUGUGGGUCUUCGUAGUUCGCAUAUUUUGAUAAAAUAUUAUGCAGAGGACACACUUGCGCAUUCAUUUUUUUUGCAUAGAUAUUAUCCUAUUGGGUUAAAGGAUAAACCAUUCACCUAAACGAUAUUUGUAGUCUAACUUUUCAUUUAUAACAUGUUUUGGACGAAUCGAAAUAUAAAAACUAUAUCAAGAA